AUGUACAUAAAUAACGAAGAGCAAGAAGUGCUGUUGGUCGAAAACGAAGACAAUGAUAUCACGAGACCUUUAAGAGAAUUUGAAGAUGAGCGCACCACGAUUGAAGUAAACCCAGCGCUUGUCCCAGAAUUCACCAGAGCCGAGAAGCAAAGGCUGCCUUUCAUAAGCCAUAAACGACAACGUUUUAAUGAUACUAAGAGGGUGGAAUUGUUUGUGAAUAAUGGUUGGGAUAGGGCUUGGGACAAUGCUUGGUGGGCGGCUAAUUGCUACACUUGCUACGCUGAAGACGAAAUAUUAGACGAUAACAAAAAUCCAAAGCAGAAUUUGUGUCACAAAGCGUUCCAAACAAAUGAUGGAAGGUAUGCAGCGACACAGAGUUUCUUUAAAAGUGGUUGUUACUACAGCUGGGAGUACCGGAAGAGAGGAUAUUGGAAGUAUAGACGAUACUAUUGGCAAGGUGAGGAUGAAGCAAGUCCAGGAACCCAUGGUUCCACAUUACACCGACUGGGUGCUUAUACAAAAGGUUGUGUAAAGAGAUUUUCAGAUGUUGUCAAACGAGCAAACGGAUUACCUGAUGGUAAGCAAUCAGCGUCGCCCAUGGACACCCGCAACGUCGCGUCGGAGGAGUUACGACAGGGGGUAACUGGCAAAGUCAAUAAAGAUAAAGAUAAAGAUAAAGAUAAAGAUAAAGAUAAAGAUAAAGAUAAAGAUAAAGAUAAAGAUAAAGAUAAAGAUAAAGAUAAAGAUAAAGAUAAAGAUAAAGAUAAAGAUAAAGAUAAAGAUAAAGAUAAAGAUAAAGAUAAAGAUAAAGAUAAAGAUAAAGAUAAAGAUAAAGAUAAAGAUAAAGAUAAAGAUAAAGAUAAAGAUAAAGAUAAAGAUAAAGAUAAAGAUAAAGAUAAAGAUAAAGAUAAAGAUAAAGAUAAAGAUAAAGAUAAAGAUAAAGAUAAAGAUAAAGAUAAAGAUAAAGAUAAAGAUAAAGAUAAAGAUAAAGAUAAAGAUAAAGAUAAAGAUAAAGAUAAAGAUAAAGAUAAAGAUAAAGAUAAAGAUAAAGAUAAAGAUAAAGAUAAAGAUAAAGAUAAAGAUAAAGAUAAAGAUAAAGAUAAAGAUAAAGAUAAAGAUAAAGAUAAAGAUAAAGAUAAAGAUAAAGAUAAAGAUAAAGAUAAAGAUAAAGAUAAAGAUAAAGAUAAAGAUAAAGAUAAAGAUAAAGAUAAAGAUAAAGAUAAAGAUAAAGAUAAAGAUAAAGAUAAAGAUAAAGAUAAAGAUAAAGAUAAAGAUAAAGAUAAAGAUAAAGAUAAAGAUAAAGAUAAAGAUAAAGAUAAAGAUAAAGAUAAAGAUAAAGAUAAAGAUAAAGAUAAAGAUAAAGAUAAAGAUAAAGAUAAAGAUAAAGAUAAAGAUAAAGAUAAAGAUAAAGAUAAAGAUAAAGAUAAAGAUAAAGAUAAAGAUAAAGAUAAAGAUAAAGAUAAAGAUAAAGAUAAAGAUAAAGAUAAAGAUAAAGAUAAAGAUAAAGAUAAAGAUAAAGAUAAAGAUAAAGAUAAAGAUAAAGAUAGGCGGUCACUUAUUCCUAGUUUACUACGAAACCAUAAAAAAAGCAGACCACCACAGACGGGGCCCUAUGGGGCUGAUGUUCAGCCGGGGUUGAGGGGCAAGCGCAAUGAGGCAUCGCGACCUGCCUUGGCCCAGAGCAGGAGAUGGAAAAGGGGGUUUUUAAUCAGAUUUGGAUUUGCUGGUUUCCUAGCGACUUUUUUUAUGUGGUAUGUCGGCAAACGCGCAGGCGUAUUACCUAAUGGUAAGCCAUUAGCGCCACCAAUGGACAACCGCAACAGAAGUAACGAUAUUACUUUACAAAAUACACAUUGUUCUCCAUCCACGCCGUAUGGCCUCCAACCUGUGUUUUUACCCGAGGACAUGGAUGACGAGACAUACGCCGCUCUUAUUUUCCAAAGGCCGGACUUGGAGCCUUACCUAAGUGCUCAGAGAAAGGCACAACUUCGCAGACGGAUGACGAUGGGAAACAGUGACUAUGAAAAUGACGAAGAGGACCAAGUGCUGUUGGUUGAAAACGAUGACGAUGAUAUCACGACACCUUUAAGCGACUUCGAAGACGGACGCAAGACAGAACUAGUAAAUCCGGCACUUGUGCCAGAAUCCAAUUAUUAUAGAGCAAGCAAUCGAGGAAGGUCUUUGAUUGGUGGCCAUAUAAGAGGAUGUUCAAAGAGAUAUGCGGAUGUCGGAGAGGUGUUUACUGUGCGUGGUUGCCGAGGUUGGUGGCCACAUAAGAUUGGUUACUUGAUGGAGAGUAGACUGAUAAGACUGGAAGUACCGAUCGUGAGACUAGAAAAUGAGACUUGUCGUAUAGCUCAUCACGCCACCUUGACUCCAUUCCAUAGAGGAAUUUCACUGUUUGCGCGCUUCCGCGCCUGCGUGUGCUUUGGCAGAUAUCCUGAAUAUUACUGGAGUGGUGCCAGUUUCCUAACCACGGUUUCGGUCGCGUCCAAGAACUCGCCUCAAGCCAAAGCUAAAAAAUCGGGCAACGGCGAAUUGUCCCGAGACUCGUGCUAG